GACGUCGCCUUGCGCAAUAACAACAAUUCUUCCAGCACCAUGGGUAUGGAAGCAGACCGGGCGUUUCCUACAGACCGGGCCUUUCUGCGGGACUUUCGGCUCAUCGGCCCACUGACUGUGGGAUUAGGGGUUUUCGCAGUGCUGUGUGGGGUGACGGCUUUACUGGAGGACCGAGACAGGAGAACGAAAAGAAUAUUCGUCCGAGAGCCUUCAGACGACGUACGGCAAGACGUCGACGGCGAUCUGGGGCAAAUCUCAGUACUUUGCAAAGAGUACCACCCGGGUUAUGCAUCUGUAUCGAGACUCUCCAAAUACAGACUCCCACGCUUUACAGUGGGCUCGUGUCCGAACCUGCGGUACCAGCCCGACUCGCCCGCUCGCCUGAACCCGCUGCGGGGGUACAUGAAGUCCAUGCCCUCCCCCGUGCCGCUACGAGACUUGUACAGGUUUCAGCCUCUCCGGUGUGUAGGUGAGACACAUGAUCUGACUUGA